AUGGGACUACCAAUCGGUACAACAGCUGAAUCAUUGAAAGAAAAAUUGGGAAAAAAAGCAAAAGGUCAGUACGUUAUACUUCGAAACGAAACAUCGACAUUGACAUCCAAUGGAACAAUCGGUUACCUCAGAGGACAGUCAUCAGAGAAACUCGCACAAAAAUCCAUCAAAUAUUGGAAACAAAAAGAAUAUUUUCCAGGUUUCACUUUAAAAUAUCAACUAGAGAUUGAUAAUAAUGAUAUAGAUGGUGAGAUCGGUGACUUUGAUGUGAUCAAUUCACAGCAGGACAGUGAUCUUGAUGACGAAAAUUUAACUCAAAAUGAAUUUAUUAAUUUACAAGAGUCGGCUAAAGAAGAUAAUAGAGUUAGUAAUUCGCAACCAUCAGUAAAAGCAAAUUAUGAAGAUGAAGCGAAAAACGGUAUAAAACCUAAAGGAUUACCAUUCGAUGUCCCAAUAAAAUGGAAAAAAUCUAAGAAAGAAACGAAAGCUGGUGGUGAAGGAGAAGUUACUAAAAUUUGUUUGUGUACUAAUGAGAAGAUAACAGCAGCAAUUAAAGUUUAUACAUAUGAUUCAACAACAAGAAAAAUGCGAGCUUAUCGGGAAAUAACUGCAAUGAAAAAAUUAAAAGACUUGUCGAAUGUCAGUCAUUUAUAUCCUUCUGAAACAGGUUUAGUUACUAAUAUUCCGGAAAACUUUUCUGAUAUUAUAAAUGAAAACGAUUAUAAACCAUUUUGGACAAUAAUGACUCUUAUAGAAGGAGUUACAUUAAAAGAAUACGUUACACAACGUUAUAAUCAUAAACAAGGUUUCACAUUGCUGGAUGCACUUACUCUAACAGAAAAAUUAUUAUUUAUUGUCAAAGGUAUUCAUAAAAUGGGUAUUGUACAUCGUGAUCUUAAACCUGAUAACAUAAUGAUUACUUGCGAGAAUUACAGUCAUUCAACUGAUAAAGCUCAAGUAUUUGUUAUUGAUUUUGGUUUAUCAUACAUUGAAACACAAGAAAAUAUUGAAAUCGAUUGGUCCAGAUAUGAUCAGGAUCCAUACGGAACUGAACCCGGUGAUUCAAUUGGGAAUCGAUGGUAUCGUGUACCUCAAUUGAAUAGACAGGAUGUUAGUCAAAUGACAGAUAAACAAAAAAAUGAUCUUUGUUAUGUUAUUCGACGUAGUCCAACAAUUGAUGCGUCAAGUAUUUGUGCUAUCUUAUUCUGGAUGUUAACACAAAUAGUUCCCAGAAAAAAUCGAGAUAAUAUUACAAAUUUAGCACCACAUCAACAAGCAAUAACAAAAAUUAAUCAGAAAAUAAACGAUCUAGUCUUGACUAUGACGGGCCUAUCAAAUCCAGAACGCGAAAUAUUAACAAAACAAUUAGAACUAUAUUUGAUGACAACAUUCGAUAAAGGUUUUGAAUUUUCCAAACGUCAAUGGACUAUUGAACAACUCGAUUUUCGUUUACAAUUAAUUCGAAAUACAUUAGAAUCAUAUAGUAAAUCUCCCGCUACCAUUGAAACACUCGAAGAUGUUUCAGAUGAUUUGAUUAAAUUAGAUGAUAUAGGAAUACGUGCUCUGUCAUCAUCCUAUGAACCAAGAUCACCACUGGAUAAAGCAGCUAGUGCAUUUCACUUUGCUAAAAUAAAAUUUGUUGAAAAUCAUCAACGUAGAUAUAAAUGGACUGAUGGAAGGUGUCAAUGGUCAGAUGAUAUUCAGAAUUUGGAUGAACGAAAACAUUAUGAUACAUUAACAUAUUAUUUAUUAAAUAAAAAUUGGUCAAUUAUCAUUUGUUGUACAGCAAAUGUUAAUGAAAAUGGUCAAUUUGUUCACUUAUCUAUUGGAAGCAUUGUUCAUGGUGUUUAUAUUGGUAUACCUAUUGGAGAAUAUCCAACUAAUGGUAAUCUUGACAAAAAUGAUAUUUAUAUUAAAUUUGAAAGAGAACUGAAAAACCUUAUACGUUUAGUAUACAAACGAAAAGCACAAAUACGUGAAUAA